CAACUAGUACUUUAUUAAGGGUUCGGUAUUAAGGGUUCAUGUUGUGGGGUUCAUAUAAAGGGGGUCAGCUCGUGGUCUCCUCUUACAGGUAAACUCGUGGAUGCGUCGAGAUAAUACCCAGCCGUGAAGAUACAAUUUAAUGCCAUAUAGUACAGAUUAAGGCGUUCAUUCCCUCAAGAUAACAGACUGGGCACUGAGGUCAUGGCAUCUAAUAAUGGAACCAAGAAGUUUCUACAGCAAAUUAUGACUGUUUUGGCAGAGAGUGGAGGCUUCGAUAGGAAUUUGUCCAAAGUACGUGUUGUGUCUGGUGGAAACGGCAAGUGCAUAGCAGAGAUGACGGUUGAGAAAGAGCAUACAAACCGAGGUGGAACUUUACACGGAGGUCUUACAGCAACUUUGGUGGACAUCGUCUCUACUAUGGCCUUAAUGACCACCAAACAAGCUGUGCCUGGAGUGUCGGUGGACAUCAAUGUAUCGUAUUUAAGUGCAGCCAAGACUGGGGAUGAAAUCUUGAUAAACGCAGAAGCUCUCAAAGUUGGGAGGACUCUAGCGUUCCUCAAUGUUGAUAUAACAAAUAAAGAUUCUGGUGCUCCUGUUGCUAGGGGUUCUCACACUAAGUAUAUUGGGUGAGCAAUAACUCGGCCCAUCACCACAUUAUUACACUUCAUGUACAUAUCACUCAAAAUAAAAUUACCUAACCCAAUCAUUCCUCAUCUCACCUCUGACCAAGAUGGUGGAGAUGUUUGAGCCAUACAUUUACCCUCACUGAAAUAUUGUACAGUCUACAGAAGGGGGCAGCCACACUGGCAUACAUUAUGCUUGAAACAUGUGACUGACAAAUCAACCAUAAGGUUCUGAAGCUGCAUUAACAGAGUCUGAACCCUGUGGUUUGUUUCUUCUUGUUGAUCUCAAGGUUUGGACCACACCCCUCAACAAUAAUCAAUUUAGUUCUUUUUCCUUUGACAUAUUGCUUCGGUGAAACUCCACAAGUUGCUUAUACAGCACAGUACAGUAUUCCCCAUUUUUUUACGAUAGGACCAAGUUCCCGGAAACCUCAAUGCAUCUCAGGAUCUUUUUAACAUGGGUUUCAACACAGGUGGACCCCGAUAACCAACACAUACCGGUAUAGGGACUGGAAAAAAGUUGUUGGUUAGUGAAUCAACGGUUAGUAUCAAAGCAAUUAAACCCAUUAGAACAUAAGAAAUUCAGAGUGUUAAAGUCCAUUAUAUCGAGGGCCGGUUAGAUGUGAAACCCAUAUGUAACAUUAUAUGGAGGUUUCACUGUCCAAUCCAUUCAUCACAGUAACACAGUCAACUCCUAUGUUAGGCGUUCAGAAUCAAUAUGGAGGAUGGAAGGUAAUGAUUCUGAAUGCCUCAAAUUAUAGUUAGUCUUUUAACCUCGUGCUGAUGCCCUGUGUAGGAGAAGUUAUUAAAACUUACCUCUUAAUAAUAUCUAAACAGCUUAAUCUGUUAACAGAGAACACUUGCCUUCACCAAGUUUAUAAUGUUUACAAGUUAUUUAUUUAUCACUGACUGUUGCUCUGCUCUCUUCCCUCAUAGGUGAUUGUAAUGUGCCAGUGUGUGUGGGAGACUCAUGGGAGGAGGUAGGGUGUGUGGGAGACUCAUGGGAGGAGGUAGGGUGUGUGGGAGACUCAU